AUGGAGCCCACCGAGGAUGCCAUUGCGAAUUUUGUCAGCUUUACAAGUACGACACGCGAACAAGCGGUUGCCUUCUUGAAGGCAAACAACCUCGACUCGCAAAAAGCUAUCAACGCUUACUUCGAGGAUCCAUCUGGGCCGCCACCACAGACAACUGGACAUUACGGCGAGAAAGGGCCUGUAUGGGACUUCUCCCAACAAGAUAAUGCACCUCCCUUACCAGCGACCGCACCGCCGUCACGCCCUCCCUCUCGGAUCGAUAAACGCGACACAGACCAAAACGCGGGCAAGCAGGGCGUCGCAAGCGCCUCUAAAGGUACCACACCACCUGAAGAAUACAAAUGCACUCAGCAUACUGACAUGGGACUCUCGUCAACAGAAGACUCCGGGCAAGGUCUAACUCUGGCUGAACGCGAGGAAAAAGAACUCCAGCGAGCAGUUGCCAUGUCCCUGGGUUCCGACAUGGGGCAACAGGAAACCGGGGUCACAUCAAACAACCAGUCGCAACUCAGCAAAGCGACGCGGGAUCAUUAUGAAGAGAAUGCUUGGGCCAUGACUCUUUUCAACACCGAGGAAGUAAUGGCCAGCCCGGACCCAGAAGAUCGCGUGAGAGUGGAAGGCGAGCCAGCGUUUAUUCGGCCAAAUGCAGAUGACGUCUAUCUUGGGGGAUUCCUGACCAUUCUCCAUAACAUCCCACGGGCCCGAGAAGCUCUACUAUUACGAAACAAACUUUUGUUCGACUAUGGCCAUGAGCCACAGUGGUGGAACGGACACGCCAUCAAUCUGCCAAAGAUCGUCACAAUCAAUGAUGGCACCGAAUCUGACAAUGACUGGGAUGACAUCAUUUAUGAAUCCCAGCGGCUCAUGGCUUUGAUGGAUACUUCGAAGCGUGCAUUCGGAAGUAGUGAGAGCCUGGCCAAGAUCAAAAGCAUGUCGCAAAUGGCGACCGACUCGGAGGAUGCUGUAACCAGGUUCAUGGAGGCAUGGAAUGGUGCUGCCAUGCAGGCCGAUCCCGAAAACCCAUUAACCACCAUGUUCACCUCCCAUGCAUACAAGAAAGAACUCUUUAGCGAGUUCGAUGAGCCCGAAAGGAAAGAACUUUUCACCUUUGAGCCCAAUGUUGAGAAGGACCAUGGACAGACACUCUACGAAGUUUUGGACUCGGCUCUUUGGAGUGACAGUCCUGGAGAAGAGCUGGACGAAACAUGGCUUGAAUAUGUUGCUGAUGUGCUGGUCUUCAAGCUUGAUGCACACCAAAAGCCAAACUCGGUGGACGUGGAAGUUCCUCUGAAUUUCUAUCCUGAUCGAUAUCUGAGCAGCUGCCAGCAUAUUGCCCGCGAAUUCCGGCUAAAGCGAUUGGAGAUUCAAGGAGAGAUCUUGAAACUUGAGCAGCUUAUGAAAGGCUAUACCUUCCCGGAGGGAAGUAGCAGCAUUUUCACUGCCAAAGAAAUUCUCGAGAAAGCAGCCGCAUCAUUGAGCACACCUGCAUCCGAACCGUUGAGCGACUCCGCCGUUUCAGACGCGGCAAAUUCGGAGACAACCCGGAUUACUGAGGAACUGAAAAUAAUCGCCAACAAGAUAGACGUCAGACUCAAAGGUAACCUCAACAUAUCGCCACCCCCAUCAUAUCAAGCUAACGACCCUCAAAUAGAACUGGAGGAAAGAAAGCAGAGCACAUUGGAAUCUCUCCGCGAAAUAUCCAAGACACUCACUGAGCCCUCCGAAUCGCCCUCCGAGCCUCCGAUUUACAAGUACACCCUGCGUGGCGUGUGCACUCAGCCGCAUGUGACUUAUGUUUUGUCCGAUCCCCAAACUACCGCGGGGGACUUGAUGGAAAUGGAUAGUGAUCCGCACGACAACUAUCAAUGGUGGCGCAUCAGCUACUCGGCGGAAGAUGGAAAGGCCCGACAAGCCGAAAAAAGACAGAAGCAGAAUGAAACUGGCACCAGAGCGAGUGGUGACACUAUUGGCUACACCAUCCGGAAGGUCUCGGAGACUGAAGUGCUCCGAGCCGCCCGUGAAGAGUGGAGUUCCGUCUUGCUCGUUUAUGCAAGCGGGAAUGCAAUGGAUGCACAAGUGGACCCUGCACCCCCACAACUCCAGGGCUUUGUGAACCGAGAUAACGACGCGUUCACUGCCGAGUUUGAGCAAACUCCUACUAUCGUCAUUAAUGACCAAGAAGACCCUUGGCUCCCCACAGCUCCACCCGAAUACACGCAGCCUGAAACACCUCAAGAGCCUGAAAAGCCUGCACAUGUCAAUGUCUUUGACUACGAGGUCGCAAAUUUUGACGAUGAGAAGAAGCCUGGUCAAGAGAUGCAGGAGAAAAGAGGCAGCAUUCUGGCCAAUAGCACUUCGAGUACCUCCAAUGAUGACUCGCAGUGGACACAUGUGGAUAGGAAAGAUGCGGACGCCCAUAUCGAGCAUGCAAAGUAG